AUUGACUGUUUGCAUAUAUUGAAUUCGUAAAUUAUUUUUGUGCGUAAGCCGAAUCUCCGCAUUGCAUUGGCGUUUUGUACAACUACACUACUUCUUUUAUUUCUGUAUUGAUACUUUGCCCUUGAGGAAUUAGCCCAAAUGAAAAUAUUUUCCAGGAUGUUGAUGGUUGUCGCAUUAUUGUUUUGUUUGUUAGAAUGUAAACAUCACCGUACAGAUACUUUUCGAUUUUUGGACUGCACCAAAGUAAAGGCAAUUUGAAAAAGUACGUUAUCUAUCGUCGGAGAUCCUUGAAACGGACCAGAGGAACGGACUUUGAAAUAUCACUUUUCAUCAAGUCGUCUGUGUGGCAUAAAAGAUUUUAUGUAAUUGAAAAAUUUAUGUCGAAUGCCCCAAGAUUUUAAAAAAUUUAAGACGCCAUGUGUACUUGUCAAAGGCGAUUGAAAGAAUUGUAACAUAAUUUCCUUCAGAAAUAGCUUUUGUGUGAAACAAUCAAUGUGUGAUAGUAAAUUACGUCGAUAUGAAAAAAUGUAUGAUGGGUUGAUAAGUAUGCCCGCUUUCCAUUCUUUGAAACACACACAUCUUUGCGUUGAAUGAGUGAGUUUUCCAAUAUGAUGCCAGGAAACUAGAUUCUUCCACAAGCCAAAGUUGUGUUCCAACUGUUCAAGUCUCCAAUAGCAAUCAAUGAAGUUGAGGACAAGCUACAAAGUUUUUGCUGACAGGAGUAUUGCAAAAGCGGAAUAUAAAGCGAGAGCACAAUAGAUUUUAUGUUCAAGUUUAUUUGGACGGAUAUGGUUUGUACACUUGAUUUUCCAUUGUUGCGUCUACAAGGGAUGUUGUAUUCAAUGAGUAUACCAACUUUAGAUAUGAAAUCUCGUUUCACUGAAAUUGUAAGAAAAUCCUUGGACGUUUCUUUGAAAAAUUUUAAAGACUUAUUUUGAUUGUAUUACCAUGUCGAGUCUGGCGAUUAAGUCGACAUGCAAUCGUCGCUAUCACAGAUGCCGUUGCUAUAUUUACUCGAAGAGUCAUACAGUUCAUCAAUUCAGAAAUCAAGAUUCUAGUGAUUGUGUUUGUUGUUUUUAUUUGUUUGUGUUUAUUUUGAUGAAGUUGGGCUGAGCGGAGCAGAAUUAUGUUUUAGAGUUAAUGCUUUGAUGGUGUUGAAAGCAGCCAUUUUUUUGAUAUUGAUUUAGUUUGAUUGAAUAAAAAUUAGGUUUGGCUUGGUUUUCUCAGUAAUGUUGUUCGGUGUGUGGUCAAUUGCAGUUGACUGCCUUUUUUGUGAGCGUUAUGACACAAACGCAAUAAGUGUAGCGAUUGACAUAGAGAUUAAAGCGUUUAGUUCUUGAUACCUGCGGAGAUCUUUACUUACGUUGCAGUGACUUUCAGUUUUAAUUUUAGUAUAUCCUAUAUUUGUAAAUUUCAAAGGCAAUUUUUGCCUGAAGUCGAGUGACGAACAUUCGCCAGGUUUAUGCGGAGGUAGUUUGCAAGUAGCAGAACUUAGAUCGCUUUACAUUAUUAUUUAACCAGGCAUGUUAGACGACCUUACGUACACUGAAUGCUAAAAAGUAUAAAUAAGUGUUUUCCAUAAACUCGAGGUUAAAUUUUAUUCCCUUCUAUACUUUUCUAAAGAAUUUUCUCUCCAUACUUUGAUAGACGUCAUUACGAUAUUUUCAAUAUUAUUACAUAAAUAUAAUAUUUUCAAUAUUAUUACAAAUUAUACAAAUCACACGAUACAAAUCAAUAAUGAUAUCAUUUAAAUUUACCUAAAAACUUUAUCAUCAAAAUAAAAGGGUAAUAUUCCCACACUAUGUAUUUAAAUAUAAAGCAUAAAAUAUUAAUAUCAUUAAAAAUGUUGGUCUUUCAACAAACUUUACACAACUUUACAACAAACAGUAUUAAACAAAGAACGUUGCUGUUAUUAGAAGAUCGUAUGUAUUAGCCUCUGCAACACGCAAAAAAGUGUUUCUUUGUCAUGUUUUGGUACAAAAGGAAAAGAAAUAGGAUAACAACGUUCAUAGAAAAUGUCAGACAUAUAUUGAAACUUUAAGAAAAACUAUUCGUUUUUAAGAAAUGUUUGAAAAUGCCACUACCAAACCCAUUCUAGUAAUACAUCUGUAAUUUUUUAUAUAAAAACAAAAAAAACGCAUUUAACUUUUAUACUCAUAUCUAAUGAAAUACGGCGGCGAAGAUUUUACCAAGUAAGAAUGUUACAUUGUACUACAUACCUAUAGUAAAGUGAAUAUAAAUAUAUUGGUUCCAGCGUCAUUGGGAAAUAUUUGAAUGAAAAUGUUUAACUUUCUACCAAACAAGCAAUCGUUUCCUAAUAUAUAAGGUUUAACUUAACUUAACGGAAAUCACUCGACUUUGGCUCACUAAGGCGUCUUAUUUCAAAGAUAUUGUAUGAAUUUAAAACGAAAAGGAUGAAAAUUAUUGGAAUUAUGCUGCUUGCCAUUUUGGCAAAUUGUCUUGGGAAAAACCCUUCACUUUCUAAGCAUGCUAUACGAUUAUAUUCGGAAAAUAAAAGUUUCUAGCCAUUUCGAAUCCAUCACCUCUACAACUUUUUUUUGACCAUUAUUGCCUAUUUGGGCGGCCAUUUAGAAAAAAAAAAUUUUGAAAAUUUUGCAGCCCAUUUGCCCAUUCUAACAUAAUAAACUUUUAUCAGCUCCUCUUCUUUACGUAAAUAGUAAAACUCUUAAUUAAAUGCGUAUAUAUGCACGAUUAUCUAUCGUAUACGUUUAUCCGAUUUGUAGUUCAUGCGUUUCGCUUUACUUUGAGCCAUUAUGUGCCGUAGUUUUAAUCUGUAUCUCUGUAUGUACUUACUGUUUUUCUGUAAAGUCUUCAUUACUUCUAAUUCCGAUAUAUUUAAGUUAUCAAUACUGUGCGUUACUCAUCAUUGUUUUGUUUAAUCUUACUAUCCGAGCUUAAUAAUGGUUGGGAAACGAGCUACUAACGACAGUCUUCACGAGUUUCUUCCUAUUAUCGCAGCAAAAAUUAAAUCAAGUACGAGUCGCAUGUUAAUAGUUGUGCACAUAUAACAGAUUCUGCAUCUAUGUUGAUCAGCGACAUCUAUUGGUGAAGAUGAUAAAGUAAUGUAUCAAUGUAGGCAACGGUUAGAUUUGAUCAUUUUGAUCUUUCUCUACAUAAAAUAACAGUUUUCUAUUUAGCAUUAUCGAGCUAUUCAGUGUUAUUCAGACCCUAAUCGUAAGAUGUACAAAAUUGAUUUCGACAUUCAUUACUUUUGUUGUUUGAAAAAAUCUGCGGCCGAAGCUCAAUCAAACGCAUUUAGAAGUUUAUGGUGAUGGUAUUCCAUCGUGUUCCAAUUGUCAACUUAGGUUUCAAUGGAAGAAAGAAUAAAAGAAGUGAUUUUUUUAUGCCAACGACUAAGAACAGCCUGGAGGAUUAAAAAAGCGCAAAGAUAAUGAAUUGCCUGACAUCUUGAACGAAAACACUCAAAGUACUUUCGAGCAGUUAAACAAUCAAUGAACCAACUGCUUCUAGACGUUUGCAAGCGAUAGAAACGUUCAAAAGGAAGAAAAAUGGCUACCACUCGAAUUGACGACAGAGAUCGAACCAUUUCAACAUUGCGUUUCAUUACUUGCCAGGCCAAAGAAGACCAGUUUCCUGUAGUGAAUUGUGACUUGCGUUGAAAUAUGGGGCUGCUACGAUAAUCCUAAAAGCAAAAAAUUAUAGGUUAUGCCAGGAGAGCUGUCCACAUCCACAUCGAAGCGGAAUAUUCGUGACCAUAAAGUUUUCCUCAGCAGGUACAGUGUAUUACGAGCGGCUAAAACCGAAUGAAACUGUUGCUGCAGAUGUUUAUCGGCAUCAAUAGAACAAAUUGAACGAUGUAUUGUUGCAAAAAAAACAGCAAUAGCGGCUUACAGACGCAAAGACGUCGCUUUGCAUGGCAACGCUCGGCCUUAUGUUGCAAAAGUUGUUGAAUCAAUACCGUUUUUAGAGACAGUACCGCCAGAAAGACGGAAAAAAUUGUAGAAAAUAAUGAAAUAUAUUUUGAUUAAUGUACGUUAUACCAACUUAUUUCAAUGAACGCCUCUUUAAAAUGAAAAAAACGAUCAAAAUCCCUGCAACCACCUAUUUAAUUUAAUAAAUAAUUGUAACACUCGAGUGAAGAAAAAGGAACUAAAGUUUUUUAUAUUAAGUAAACGGCAAUUUCUUCUUCGAAGUGAUUUAAAGGGUUUCAACGGUAUAAAUAUUUCAUGUCUAUGUAUUAUACUUUAUGUGCAUACAUACGCCCUUGCUUGUUUGUUAAUAUACUACUUUUAGGCAAGUUCGGACGAUUUCGAUGUUGCAGAAUCAUAUAAUAAUAAUUCGCUCUGCUUAGUUUAACUAUAUUGAAAAUAUAAUAAGUUUAUGAUGUCUGGCAAAAUACGGGCGAAAAAUUGAUGAAUGAAACAUAAAAAAACCAACUUGACCUUAACCGCGUGCGAAUAUGUUUUCCAAAUUUUAAAAGUUAUCGUUGCUGUCAAUACUAUAUUGUCGAUAACUAUCAAUACAUUAUACGGCUGCAGAAUGAUACAAUGUAAAAGUGACUUCGAUUAAACAGCCGAAUUCAAACUAUAUUAACAAAAAUUCCAUUUAAUGAUGAUAUUUAGGAUUCCUAGGACAUGCAUCCAUUUUCCAAUGCGCUUUUUUAAUCUUAAGACAAGCUUGAGCAGGUACGUUUAGACGCUUGCCUAAUCCAACGGAUAUACUUUUCAACUGCCGAAGAACGGUUUCGAGUGUUUUUGUUGAAUUUUGGAUAAUAUAGGUUUCAAACUGUAUACUCACGAGCAUCGAUUGAAACUGUAAAGAACGGUUAUACAUUAAGUGGAUACCCGGAUCUGUAAUGAUUUUUGUUUUAUGUUAAGACGAAAAUUUAACGCAAUAAGGUUUUAUCGUAGAACAAAAUCCAUUAACUCACUAAAAUAGUUCUUAUCCUGAUAAACACCUUAACUAAGACUCUCCAAAUAACUCUAAUCUUAUCUUCCUCUAGCUUUUAAAACAGGUGAUGAGUUUAGUUAUAAGAUCUAUGAUUCUUAUAGCCGUCUUUUAGAAACUAAAUAAUACCUUUAACCUAACACCUCUUAUUUGAGAGGGUAACAUCUGUGUAUUAUGAAGACUUGUUUAUGCAAUUUUAUUAAUUAUUUUUUGCUGUGAGUACUUUUCUAUUUCAUAGUAAAUGUUCUGCGGUCAGGUGACAGAAUAAUUUACAACUCUAUUUAGUGAUUAAACUUCAAUAGACUGCGUAAAAGGCAUAAUAACAGAAUAGCAGCAAUCGGACAAGAUGAAAAUAGAAUUGAAUCACUUUGUGUAUCCAAUAAAAAGAGAAUUUCGCCGGAAAAACUGUGGUUUCGAUCAUACGCCUGCAAAAGAUUUUGUGAAGUCUCAAUGGCAAAAUCGCAGCAACAGUAUCGCGUAUUUAAUAUAUCGUUGGAUUUUGGUCGCGUUCUUUAUGGCGACAUUAAUAGUGUCAAUGAUGGAGGCAGCUAAUAAUUCAGCUCUUCUAUUGUUAUUCAUUUAUUUUACCACUUGGAGCGUUAUACAAUGCUUGCUAACAAAUUCAAUUGCUGCUGUCCUGACAACUAUUUGGCAUCUUCAACCUGAAUAUGCGGAUGCCAGUGCAACUCAAGACACCGGCAACGAAUCAGACAACGAAUGGAAUCGUACGCAGAACCAAAACAAUACGAAUGCGCGGUAUGGUUCUUCAAAUGUCAGUCUUAUCGAUAUGCAAGGUGUUGGAAAAAUAAAAUUCGAUCCGCCCAAGGUACCAGUGAUAUUUGUUUUAGGCGGACCCGGUAGUGGCAAAGUGACUCACUGUGAUACAUUCAUGCAAGAACGUCGCGGUAUAACGCACAUUAAUAUGAUGGAUUUGUUGCAACAGUACGCAAUAGGAAACGAUAUGCAGGACUUUUCACAUUUGUCAUCAAAAACGGUAACAGAAGUGCUAAUGUUGGAAAUGAAAAUGGCGCCAGCUGCCAAAGCCUACUUAAUUUCAGGAUAUCCACGUUCAAUGCGUGAUGUUGUUGAAUAUUCUGAGAAGAUUCAAGUUGUUAAUGGUGUUAUAAUUAUAUCGUGGCGGCAGUCAGUAUUACAGAAGCAAAUAGAUUACGGCGCUAAGUUAGGGCAUGUUGUACUUUCAUUGGCAAAAAUGGAAUUGGAAAAUUUUUUUAAAAAUGUUGUGCCGGUAGCUGACUAUUUCGAUCAAAGCGAUAUGCUAAUAGCGGUUAAUGGCGAAAGAGCUCCCGCGGAGGUGUACAAGGAUUUUCGGACAGCUGUGUUAGAUAUUUUAAGUUCCUUGGAGAAUCAGGAAGCUAUUCUUAAUGGAGUAACAGGUAUGGGCAGAGGCAUAAAUGAUAUACCAGGCAGUAUAGUUAGCGUAGAUACCAUACCUAGUCAAGCCCAGAAUAUUACAGAAACGUAUAAUCGGGCAACUGAAGAACAGCAGCCUGAAAAUAAUAACGAAGGCAAUGUGACCAACACGGUAAUUUCACAUAUUGCCUUCAAUGCAGCCAAUGCCAUGAGUGCAACCACCGGAAAGAACGUUAUAACGAAACAACCCACCCUGACGAAUGCAGGCGCUCGCAUCAAUAAUUUGAAUAUAAGUGGCAUCCCCCCAGUUAUAUGGGUUAUAGGAGGGCCUGGCAGUAAUAAGGCAUCUUUGUGUGUAAAAGCAAUAUCUUUAAAUUCUGGUUGGGUUCAUUUCAGUGUUGGUCGGCUUUUACGUAGCAUAACUGAUUCCGCCCCACGCGCCAAUACAGAAAGUUAUGCAGUUAAAGAGGCGUUGGCGGGUGGAGAAAUGGCGCCGGAAAAAGUAAUACACACUAUAUUGGAAACAAAUUUGCGACUUUUUUCCGACAAAGCGGGCAUUAUUAUUGACGGUUUUCCAAGAAAUCUUCACCAAGUCAAAUAUUUUGAGGACAAGUACAAACAACGUCCGCCUAUGGUACUGUUAGAUUGUUCGAAAUUGCAAUUGGGACGCGGUCGCAUUGAUGAUACAGUUUCAUCAUUCCGCAGGCGAUUAGAAUUGUUCCGCGAGCAAACUUUGCCAAUGUUAAAAAUAAUGGAUAAUAGCAGUCGCUUACAAAUUAUUGAUGGCGAUACCGAUAGUCCUUCGGUGCAGAGAGAAUUUGAAAAAUUCAUACGAAUUCAUAUACAAAAGCUUAGUAAUGCACCGGCAACAAAUAUAACGAAUUCAGCAGACGCCAACAUUCAAACGGAAGCCGUAGUACAUGACUUGGAAGAAAAUAUGCCAGGAGUUGUGCCAACUAUAAGUCAUCAUGUCAGCCUCAUGAACGGUCAUAUAAAGAAUCAACACUCUAUUGCUCCGUCCGCUGGCCAAAAAAUUGGUAUUCAAAUGAAUGGUGUUAUUGCGAGCGAUCAAAAAAGAGACAAUUUUCGCAAUACGUUUGGGGAGGCUGAACGCUACCCUCCAAUCUUUUCUUACAUGUAGAAAGGAAAAGAAAAGCCCUCUUGACUUCGUGUAUAAGCUCGUUAAAGACUUGUAACGCGAAAAAAGGUAGAGCAAUAAUAGAUAAUGACGAUUAGCUUGAAUAAUGGAAUCGAUUUGGUCACGUCUCUCUAUCGCCUUUCUCCAAUGUUUCUCUGUCGACAUCACGGAUUUGAUGUCAAGGAUAUGUCUGAAAGAUUUUGUUAUAAUAUACUUUCUUAUCAUUUCUACAAGUCCAAAACAUAUAACGGUUUCAUCCAUGAAUGGCGAAUACCAAAGAUGUUUUCCUUUUCCUUGUGACUUCAUAAUUUUAUUUACAAAUGUUGAAGCUAAAUGUUUAUAAUAAAUAAAUUUGUCCAAAAAUCCGCCUGUGAACCAUAUAGAAAUAAAUCGAAAUAUAAUUGUUGUAUAUCCGAUUUAGUUCGAGAGAACUUCUCUCUUUCCUCUUGGAAUAAAGAAUAAAUAAUAAAAGAAACAUCAGUUGUGUGAUGAUUAAAUAUUAUAAAUGAUACCAUAAAAAGAAAAAUCAAUAAAUAAUAAAAUGUAAUCCAAUAAGCAAGAGCUAAAGAAGAAAGAUCACAUCCGACUUGUAUUCAGUCUUUGUGAAAGCAUUUUUUGUAGAAGAUUUACUUUGACCACAUUCUAGUUAGUAUUCAGUACACCUGCUCUUUAAACGAUUUUGCAAAAUUUUCUGAUUUCUUCAGAGCAUUUACAAGUAAUUUAGUUUAGAGCUUCCGGGAGAUAUUGUUAUCACAAUGACAUUCACAAUAUGAAUCACUGGUUAAUACUAUUUUUCAGUAAGAAUGAUAAAAAUGUUGUAAACAAAGUUAAAACACUAGAAGAAUUUAGGAAAACUAACUUUUUUUCUUUUUUAAAUAUAUUUGACUUAGUUUCCAACGCAAUAUCAUUCAAACGACCAAUAUCUGAAGAAAUUUUAAAGAAAGUUUGUUCGGUAUUUGUAUUUAAUUCGCGAAUACCAAUUUUUCGACUUUGGACUUCAGUAACAAGCAACGGCUCCAAAAAAUCACCCAAAAAUAUUAAAUU